UUAUAGAAAAUCUUAUCCAAUAGUUCGCUGAAACUUGUUAAGUCGACCCUUUCGUCUUUGGAAACUUAAAUACGAAAGGGAUACAUGUAGGUUUCACAGAUGAAAGCAACUGAAAUUCAAAUCUAAACUGUAAAAGAAACUAUAUUCAUCGAAGAAUCACACAUGCUUCGUCUCCCCAAGUCUCUUUCCAAGUUCGUCACCGGACAACGUUCGCUUCCGCUCCGUCAAUUUCAUGCGAGGUCCAGUCGUCGUAGCCAUCCCAAGAGCGACGAUGAGGAUAAGAUUCUCAGAAGACGGGAGAAUCGAGAGGCUCAUUUACAUCUGUACAAGAGCAGGGGCCAACACAUCCUCACCAACCCAAGAGUCCUCGACUCCAUUGUCCGAAAAUCCCACAUAAAGCCCACCGAUACAGUCCUAGAGAUCGGACCCGGUACCGGAAAUCUCACCCUGAGGCUUCUAGAAGCUGCCAAAUAUGUCGUCGCUGUUGAAAUUGAUAAACGAAUGGUGGAGGUUCUCCACAAACGCGUAGCCGAGCGGGGUCUUCAAGAUCGUCUCAGUGUUAUAUGUAAUGACGCAUUGAAGACCGAGUUUCCUCAAUUUGAUCUUGUGGUAGCCAACAUUCCGUAUGGAAUAUCUUCUCCUCUUGUGGCUAAAUUAGUUUACGGGGCGAACCCAUUUAGGAGCGCCACUCUUCUCCUCCAGAAAGAGUUUGCACGGAGACUGUUGGCGAAUCCUGGUGACUCAGAGUUCAACCGCUUGGCGGUAAAUGUGAAGCUGGUUGCUGAUGUGGAGUUCUCCAUGGACGUGAGCAAAAGGGACUUUGUUCCAUGUCCAAAGGUUGACUCAUCCGUGGUUAUUAUACGUCCCAAAGCUGAAAUUCCUGAUGUAAAUCUGGAUGAGUGGUGGGCUUUCACGAGAACCUGUUUUGGCAAGAAAAACAAGACACUAGGUGCUACAUUUAAGAAGAAGAGGAAGUUGUUGGAUUUGUUGAAACUGUCCACAAAGACUUGCUCAAGUAGUGAAAGUGCUGCCAGCGACCACAAUUAUGAUCACAGCAACAAUGCUGCUCGUGCUACUGAUGAUGAAGGGGACACUGAUGAAACAGAAUAUUCAUCUUUUUGCUUGGAUACGCGGAUGAGUAUGUUCAGAGAGAAGGUCCUUGGAGUUCUAAAUUCAGGUAGUUUUGAAGAUAAGAGGCCUUCAAAGCUAUCUAAUGAGGAGUUACUGCAUUUGCUCGCAUUAUUUAAUCAAGCUGGAGUGUAUUUUCAUGAUCACUCAAAGCCUAGGGAUGCAGAUAGUGUAGAACUUGAAGCGUUCUCAGCUUAUAGCAAUAUAUUACCUCAUCAUUCUAUUAUUUAGUCAUCAUUGUUGAUCUUUCGUUCUUCCUUGUAUUGGUAACUGUUCACUGAUGGAUGUUGCAGACAGAAGCAAGAGUCCUACUUGUCCGUCAUUUUGAUUCUUUGAAUGAGAUACAGAGAAGAAAUUCUACACCA